UCUGAGCCGCCGUUCGCUACCUCGACAACUUACCUCUAUCUCAACACUCGCACUUUCACUCGGCCCUCUCUCAACCCCUCGACAACUUCUGGCUUGUAUCGCCUCCGGUAGAAGCUCAAGAGUCGUACAAGAUGCGGUCUUUUUCGAUCGCGGUCGCUACCCUCCUGGGCACCGCUGCCGCGAACCCGCUUGCGCAGAAUGAGUAUCAGGUGUACAACCCGUACCCUACCGGUGCUUAUCCUUCCGAACCUCCAUCCUACCCACCAAGCUCGACGCCGCCAUCCUAUGUGCCGAGCUCAACUGCAGAAUAUCCGCAAUACACACCCAGCUCUACUCCAGCUUACCCUCCCUAUGAACCAAGCUCCACUCCCGGAUAUCCGCCAUACGAACUCAGCUCCGUUCCGUCCUAUGAGCCAAGUUCAAUCCCGCCAUAUGAGCCAAGUUCAGUCCCGUCAUAUGAGCCAAGUUCAGUUCCUCCAUACCAGCCGAGCUCUUACCCUCCGUACGAGCCGAGCUCUUACCCUCCAUACCAGCCGAGUUCCUAUCCGCCUUCCGAGCCGAGUUCCUAUCCGCCUUACGAACCCAGCUCCUACACGCCCUAUAAACCCAGCUCCUAUCCUCCUUACGAGCCGAGCUCUUAUCCUCCCUAUGAGCCGAGUUCCUAUCCCCCUUAUGAACCUUCUCCCUCAUCAUACCCCGUGUACCCACCCAACCCCACUGGGUAUCACCCACACCCUCCGCCCUCGUCCUAUCCCGUGUAUCCGCCGCACCCGACCGGUUACCCGCCACACACCACCAAGGACACGACGACGUAUACCACCACGACCGAAUACCCAAUCACGAGCACAUAUGGUACGCAAAUCAUCACCACUGUGACUACGAAGACCAUCACGGUCACGUCCUGCAAGAAGGGAUGCGGUUACGAGCCAACUUCCGUGUCCGUCUAUCCCACUUACCCCGUGGAGCCUUCGUAUACCCCCACUACCAUCACGAAGACUACUUAUACCUUUGUGCCGUGCUCGACCUCUGUUGGCCACAACGGACCUUCGGCAAUCUACAGCACAUACCUCACAGCUUCCUGGUAUGAGACGACGAUCACCACCACCAAGCCUGUCUACCCAACCAUUGCACCGCCUCCUGUUGUAACCCCACCUGUCUAUCCAACGGACGAGUGCCCGCCUCCAGUCACAGUUACCGUGACGGUUACAGAGACGCCCGGCUAUCCUCCCUACGGGUACGAAACCAAAACCUACACUGUGACGGAACAUGGCACGAAGACCACCAUCACGGUGACCAUUCCCGCCACAGAGUAUCCCACUUAUCCCACCGAGAAGCCGAACCCGCCCGAGACUUAUGAGCCGGAGCCGCCAAAGACAUACGAGCCCAAGCCUCCCCAGAGCAGCUACGAGCCUGAGCCUCCCACAUCCAGCAAGCCCAGUGGCACGGGCUAUAUCCCGCACCCCACCGGCUACGUCCCAUAUCCCACCGAGAGCCCCCCAUAUCCCACCGAGAGCUCCCCAUAUCCCACCGAGAGCUCCGCAUAUCCCACCGAGAGCUCCCCAUAUCCCACCGAGAGCUCCGCAUAUCCCACCGAGAGCUCCCCAUAUCCCACCGAGAGCUCCGCAUAUCCCACUGAGAGCUCCCCAUAUCCCACCGAGAGCUCCUCUGCCCUCGAAUACAGCAGCACGUCUCGUGUAGGGCCUAAGCCGACCGAUAUCUACUAUUACGCUGGAAAAUGGUAAAUUCCGGGCCUCAGACUACGACUCACUUUUGGUUGUCACUGUUUCGCGUUGCGUGGAAUUUAAGUGCUAA